CAUUUAUAUUCAGUGCAUUUAGCUAUUUUGAGGGCUAUUGGUAUUAGCUUACAAAGACUCGAAAUUGGACGUUUAUUUGAAAGCAACCUUGUAUAUAAUAUAGUGGCUUUUAAUAAAAACAUCUGAGUGAAAGAUGGAUAGUCUGUCGGUAGUUUUGUGUUUUGUGAUUGGAUUGAUUUCCUUCGUCCUGAUUUCAUUUAAAAAACGAUUUGCUUAUUGGAAGGAUCGUGGAGCAGCAUACGUAGAACCCACCAUUCCUUUUGGAAAUUUACCUAUACGACAAGUGCACUUCAUAGAUACAACGGACCCAAUUUAUAAGCAGAAGAAACCUGGAUAUCCAUUCAUGGGGGCUUACUUUUUCAGAAAUCCUGUCGUUAUACCAACGGACCUUGAUUUCAUACAAAAUAUUCUUGUCAAAGACUUCAGUUAUUUUCAUGAACGUGGAAUGUAUGUGAAUGAGGAAGAUGAUCCCCUUUCGGCACACAUGUUUUCUUUAGAUGGUGACAAAUGGAAAUCUUUACGAGGAAAACUCUCACCCACAUUCACAUCUGGAAAGAUGAAAUUCAUGUUUCCAACUGUAGUGGAUGUUGCCGAUCGAUUCAAUUCCACAUUAUCGGAGAUUUUGGAGACGGAAUCAGAAUUGGAGUUGCGAGACUUGCUGGCCAGAUUCACCACUGAUGUUAUAGGCACGUGUGCUUUUGGGAUCGAGUGCAAUAGCCUGAAAAAUCCAAAUUGCAAAUUCCGUAAUUAUGGUGCUAAAAUAUUUGAUGAGCCCCUUCACGGACCCCUGGUGCACUUAUUCUUGAUGCUAUAUCCAAACGUCGCAAGAAAACUUCACUUAAGAUUUUUCCGGAAAGAAGUUGAAGACUUUUUCAUGGGAGUGGUACGAGAAACUAUCGAUUACCGAGAGAAAAAUAAUGUGAGACGAAAAGACUUUAUGGACCUUCUGAUUCAAUUAAAAAAUGGAGUAGCUUUGGACGAGCACGCUCAGAAAUUAGGACGACUUACUUUUGAAGAGAUUGUGGCACAAGCAUUUGUGUUUUUCGCCGCUGGGUUUGAAACUUCAUCAACUACCAUGUUAUUCAGUUUAUAUGAGCUCGCGUUGAAUCCAGAUAUUCAGGAGAAAGCACGUCAAGAAAUAGAAACUGUUCUUAUGAAAUAUGAAGGGAAACUUACUUAUGAGGCAGUGAAGGAGAUGGUGUAUGUGGAUCAAAUUAUUACUGAAUCCCUCCGGAAAUAUCCGCCCGUCGUUAAUCUAAUACGCCAACCAUUUAAGGACUAUCGCGUUCCUGGUACGAAAAUAAUUCUUGAAAAAGGCACAUCCGUUUUUAUUCCAGUUUAUAGUAUUCAUCAUGAUCCGGAAAUCUUCCCUAAUCCUGAUGUUUUUGAUCCGGAUCGAUUUACACCAGAACAGAUUAAAUCUCGGCACCCCAUGUCAUUUUUGGGGUUCGGUGAGGGCCCACGAAACUGUAUAGGAUUGCGAUUUGGACGAAUGCAAUCGAGAAUCGGGUUAAUUACACUUUUGAAAAACUAUCGAUUAAAACCAUGUGCAAAAACCCCGAUUCCAAUGGUUUUCGCUGAAGGGAAACCAAUUUUAUCACCAAAGUUGGGAGUACAUUUGCAAAUAGAGAAGUUGUAAUUUGGUUGAAAUACAGAAUAGAUUCUUGAUUACG